AUGCGCAAAAACCAAAUGAGUGACUGUAGUAGCGACUCUAGCAGCAACUCCGAGUUACAAGAAGAAGAAGAAGUUUCACAAAUAGCCAACUCUGACGGCAAAGUACUAGACAAACAAGCCUCUGACGCUUAUGAAGAAGAAUACGAACCGGACUCUGACGCCGAAGUACAAGACAAACAAGACUCUGAGGCUCAUGAAGAAGACAAACCGGACUCUGACGCUUACGAAGAAGACGAAACGGACUCUGAAUCUUGUGAACAAGACAAACAAGACGAAGUCAACAUAUAUGAUGAUGAAUAUGACGAAAGCUGUGACAUCAAAGAACUUGGAAAAGACCAACCACAAGCCACCCUCAAAGUUUAUAAACCAAUACUCAGAAAAACAAAAAAAAUUCUUCGAAUUCUUCCACCUCAACCAAGCCAAUGA